AAAAAAGGAAAUUAAUUGUUUUCCACUAGACAUAUUCAUACAAGUAUAUUUUCAUACUUUGCUCCAGAGCGUAUUGACUUUUUGCUCCGAUCAUUGAACAAGAUAGCGUGGAUCAAUGAUUUAAAAGCAAAUCCAUUGUUGUCUGGGAUCAAACUAUGACUGUCGUGUGUUUUUCGUAUUCCCUGAUAAAUUAUCUCUUCUUUUUCCAUUUAAUUUUUUUUUUGUAAAUUUCACGAACAACUAUAAUCAAUGUACUUUCAUUGUGCUUAACGACUACGUGCCUUGCGAAACACAGCAAACAUUUCCUUGUGAAUUGAGAUCUGUUCCCGGAAUCGAUUUCCUGACGCUGUAUGUAUAUAUAUAUCUAUAGGACGCUUAAUUUUCACAAUUCAUCUCAAUACCAGGUAAAGGAGAAUCGUAUUCGGUAUGUUGCAACAGUUGAUCGGCCCGAUGGAUCCGAUAGAUUGAAAAAGAAACAAGAAUUACUUCGGACAUGGAAAGGAUGUGGAACAUGAUACUGGAAAAUUGAAAUAAAAAAAAACAUGGAAGAUUCGUGGAGAACUGACGUUGCCUUGUUUAUCCAUGGCUCUUUUGAAGAAAUGUACAAAGAAUCUCGACACACUGACGUCAAUGUUACGGUAGAGGACAAGACCUUCCGAUGUCAUCGAGCGCUUCUUGCGGCGGUGUCACCGUAUUUUGAUGCCAUGUUUUCAUCGGGAAUGAAAGAAAGUAUCAAUGGAGUAGUAACUUUACAUGGGAUAUCAAAGGAAAACUUUGAGAGCAUCGUCAAAUUCAUUUACACCGGAUCCAAAGUUGUCACAAAGGCUAAUGCCGAGGAGCUUCUGAAGGCAAGUGCUCUUUUUCAAAUCAAACAGCUACAUGCAAAAUGUGAGCAGUUUUUAUUGGAUAAAGUUAACAACGAAAACUGUAUUGGAGCUUGGAAGCUAGCCAAAAACCACGAAUGUCCAAACUUAUCGGAGAAAGCUUGGGGUAUUAUCAUGUACAAUUUUCAAGACAUUUGCCGUUCGGAAGAUUUCCAGUGUUUGGAUAAAGACGAUUUGAUUGAAAUAAUAACGCACGACGAUUUACAUGUUAGUAGCGAAGAGUUGGUCUGUGAUUCUGUGUUUAGGUGGUAUGGAGCCGACCCAGAGGGAAGAAAGCAAGAUGCGAUCCAUCUCUUUGAAUAUCUUAGACUCCCAUUACUUGGUUCCGAAUAUCUCCUCCACGAGGUGGAAACUCUUGAUAUCGUGAACGAAAACUUCCGUUGCCGAGAAAUCGUCAAAGAAGCGAUCCAGUAUCAAAUGUUGCCCUCUAGAAGAUGGGACUUCAAUUCCCCUCGCGUGGCCUUCCGGAAGUAUGCCUCUGUUGAAGAUGUGCUGAUCGUUAUUGGAGGUUAUAAUGCAGUUGGAGAAAAAGUGGUUGAUAUGUUGGCAUACAGUUUUCUCCAAGCAAAAUGGUUUUUUCUUACACCUAUACCUAUUCAACUCGGCCGAGAAUUUGCGUCCAUUGUCUACGGCAAUGAUAUUUUCGUUUCUGGGGGUUCUCAGAAACUAGAUUGUCUACUUCGAUACCGUGCAGAAAAUAAUGAUUGGUAUAGGUGCACCUCACCAGUUCAAGGCAGGAGGAGACAUGUAAUGGUGGCCGUCUGCGAGAGUAUAUUUGUCAUUGGAGGAUAUGACGACACAAUUAAAGAUGAGAGCAAGCGUACACUUUCUUCUGUAGAAGAGUAUCUCAUCAAUGCGCGAACUUGGAGGAAAGCAGGUGAUAUCGUACAUGCGGUACGUUCCAUGUCAGCCGCUGUAUCCAAGGAGAAAAUUUACGUUUAUGGCGGGAUCCUUGCAGACGACAAGGAAUCAAAUGCCAUUCAGUGCUUCGACACAAGACUCUCCACGAGUUCGGUCAUUUCCUCUCUUCCGUCCCCGUGUAAAUUAUCAAAAACUGUUGUCUGUGACAAACAUAUCUAUAUUGUAUGUACCGAUGGGUCUAUUUUAGAAAUGUCGGAUAAGGGAGAUACCAAAUGUGUUCACGUGAUGAAGUAUUUCAACAGACGGCGCUUCGGUGCGCUUCAUAGAAAAGGUGGCUUGCUGUUGGUUGGUGGAGAGAGUGGGAAUGCUAUCAGUCAAAAAAUUGUUUUUCUGAACCCCGACAAGAACUGGAUGGAAUACACCUACGGAACAACCAUGCCCGCAAGAGCCAACUUUGGAAGCCUUAUUAUUAUAUUGCAGAAGAAGUAUUUAACCAGAACAUUCAAAUCCGAUUGAAUCAAAAUGAAAACCCAGUGUGUUUUAGUGCAAUUUUACUUGAUGUAUUGUCCGUUUUGAUGAAUAAAAUUCCCAGUGUAAUUUUAAAA